AUGGGCUCUUCCUGGAUGUUAAAAGUCAGGGUAUGUUUACAGCCUUUCUUUAACCAAGAACGUCCAGCUUUCUUAACUGUAAAGACUUGUUUAUGGCAGCCACCGCAGUUGGCUUCUUCAGCACGCUUUCUUUGCUCAAGAGACACAAAUCAAGACCUGGGAGGCAGACACACAGACAAAAGGAGCAACCCAAAGUCUGCUGGACAAGGUGCCAUCAGACAGGCCAGGACAGGGUUAUGGGACGAUGCCGUGGAUGGAAGAAACAAGAGAUCUGCUUUGAAGCCGAGGCCUUCCUUUCCCAAAUCUGUGUUUGCUGCUGGGACUGCGAAGAAGACGGCGGAAAUAAUGAAGAUGAAAGCUUCUCUGGGCUCUGGAAACACAGAGUUGCAUGAAGAAGAACCAGAACAGAGGAGAACUCGAGGAAGGUUGGAGCCUCCUGACCGGCCUCUCUCUCUUGCUGAAUGGAGGAAGCUGAAAGAGUCUCUGGGAAAUCAGGAGCGUUUUGACAUCAGGAUGAUGGGGGUGUUGUUCUCCUCUGGCUCAGACCUGGACAUCGCAAAUGAAUCAGGAACGCUUUCUUAUGAGGUGCUGCUUCGAUAUCUAACUCUGUGUGUGAGCGGCGGCCAUGAUGAGGAGGUGGCUGAUGUUUACGACAUCAUGCGGGGAAGUUUCCCCUCCCUGGAGACCGGCGCCUCCAGUCUGUUCAUUAAGUCCUUCAGCCGUACGGGAAGGUGGAGGGAGGCCGUCAGCAUCCUGCAGGAGGUCAAAAAGGUCGGGGACUCUUCCUCCGCCUGGGCUCUGUACGACGAGCUGAUGGAGAAGGGCCUGAGCCCCCCCCCGGAGACCUGGGAGGCUCUGGGAGUGUGCAACAGUUGUGGGUCAGAGCUGGAGUCCAUUCAGCUGACCGAGGAGGAGUACCAGCAGCUCAAAGGCAGAGUUAUGGCCGACAUCAUUCAGGGGAAAGAUGUUUUCAACAAGACCACUCCAGAGAGCGUCCAGAGCUACGACACCAUCGUGCAGAGCAGCGGGGACUCCUGGCACCUGCCCUACGACGAUUCCCCGGACAGGAGCUCCUACGAGGUGCCGAACAGAUGGAUCUGCCUCAGGAAGAUCCCCCCACACUGA